UUCACCACUGACUUCCAACCAGACUGUUCACCAAGCCUGGGACUGGCUCGGAAUUUCAGCUUCGACUUCGUCUGUGCCUUCAAAGAUGCUGACUUAUCUACGUAUUGGGCGAAGGACCAGACUUCGUCCCAGCAUCAGCGUCUCAUAAACCUCGACACCAACGGGAAGGGUGCUGCGCUUGGCAUCUGGGAACCUGGCCAUGCCCCAUCCCUGUCUACGCAGCACUACGUUUUCUUUGGUAAAGUCAGCGUCGAACUACUAGCUGCCUCUGGUCAAGGAGUUGCAUCAAGUAUCGUGCUAAAAUCAGAUUCUGGAAACGAAAUUUCAUGGGACAUUCUUGGAACGCAUGACAACCAAGUACAAGCGAACUACCUGUUUCAUGGUGGUACCGAUGGCAAAGUAUACAAUCAAACAUUCCCCGUCGACUCGUCUAUUUUCACUGCAUUCCACACAUAUUCGAUUGAGUGGACGCAGUACAAAAUCGCGUUUUCCAUCGACGGACACGAAGUUCUUACCUGGUACGUCGGCGACGUCCCCCCAGAGAAGUGGCCCCAAACCCCUAUGAAACUUCACAUCGGCACGUGGAUUCCAGACCAAAACCGCGAAGGAAACAGCCUCGCUCGAUCGGCUAGAGGACCGCCCAGCUGGGAGCACGCGCCUUUCACGGCGUUCUUCAGGAAGGUCGAAAUCAACGAUUUCGCCGGAUUGUGCCUCGAGGUUGACGGUCCAGUGGAAUACGUCGUCGACGAUGGUAUCAGAGGAUGGGAAGACGUGAAAGUCAAGGGCUGCUACAAGAGGUUCUCGUCCGGGAUGUACAUCCCCCAUGCGGGCUUCCAGGUCCCAACCUCUCGGCCUGUGGAGGCACCCACGGCCUCUUCGGGGGGCAGCAGUCUCUUAUCGAGCGGAGUUGGCAGGCCUACGGACUCAGGAUCGAAGACAACUGAUGGUGCUCCGGAGAGGACCAACGCUGAGGCUGAAGGAGAGGCGGCGGUGGUUUCAUGGCCGCACACGCACAGGCUCGCUGCUGUGGUCUUCCUCGUGUGGCUGCUACUGUCUUGGUAG